GCAAGAAUCAUGCCAGUUAUUCAGAAUAUCAUACUGGUGCUUUUGAACGUAGUUGCAGUCGUAGUAUUUAUAGAAUUACCAGAGGAGGAGCUCUAUAACUCAGUUGUAUUGAAACAUGAGUACGACUAUAUAAUUGUUGGCGCAGGUUCCGCAGGGUGCGCUCUGGCCAACCGUCUCACGGCUGAUGGCACCAACACGGUGUUACUUCUGGAAGCUGGGGGACUCGAGGACGCAGCCACGCAGGUUCCAUUUUUCUCGGCUGUUUUACAACGAACUAAAGUUGACUGGGACUAUGUGACCGAACCACAGAUCACUGCCAGCUUAUCUGUCGAUGACCAGGUUAACAGAAUCCCGCGUGGCAAAGUCUUCAGUGGCUCGAGUUCAAUCAACCACGUCAUCUACGCUCGAGGAAACCGCAAAGACUACGACAAUUGGGUGUCUGUGUAUGGCGCCGAGGGCUGGUCUUACAAAGACGUGCUGCCAGACUUCAUCAGUAUUGAAACAUCGUACCUAGGGAUCGACAACGGCUACCAUGGCGACAGUGGGGAAGUGCCGGUUAGUUUCCCGACUUCACACACAAAGGCCAGCAACUUGUUUUUAGAGGCUGGUCGGGAGCUUGGUUUCAGCAACGACGACUAUAAUGGGCCGAACCAGACAAGUUUUUCCCGCGUACAAAAUAACAUAAAGAAUGGAGAGCGCUGGAGCUCAAGUAAAGCGUUUAUUACCAAGGACGUUCGCAGAAGGCGGAAUUUUGACGUCGCACUUUACGCACACGUGACGAAGGUUAUUUUCGAAGGAAUGACAGCUGUAGGUGUGGAGUACAGGCGAUACUCCGAAACUCAUACUGUUCGAGCAAGGAGAGAAGUCAUACUUUGCGCUGGAGCCAUUGCGUCUGCGCAGCUGCUGAUGCUAUCCGGUAUAGGGCCUCGGGAACAUCUCGAGUCGUUGGGGAUAAACGUCAUUGCUGAUCUUCCCGUUGGCGAGAAUCUAUACGAUCACGUGACCGUGAACGGCAUCGCAGCGUCGUCAGCAGAAAACAUAGAAAUUAAUUACUAUUUACCCUCUACCGUGCCAUUGUACGCCCUAUUUAGAACAGGGUUCUUGGCGGCGUAAGACGCUUGCGGGUUGUGGAUGCUUCGUCGAUGCCUUACCUUCCAGCAGGAAACCUUAAUUCACCAUUAAUGAUGAUGGGUCAUCGAGCAGCGGCCAUGAUCAUGGAAGACAACAAUCAGUAAUCAAAAAGAAGAAAACAAAAGGCCCCAAUGCAAUCAAGGCUACAGAGCAUAUUGAUGCUAAACAUUCGGAAACAUGUGAUCAUCGAGCUCUUCAACGAGUUCCUGCAUUUGAGACAUGCUGCAUGCACGUCGUAUAUUGCACGAUAUAAAAACUCAAUAUACAUCAAAGAUGGGUGGAUAAACAGUCCGGCGUGUUCUUUAUGAGAAAAAGUGAUACAAACUCUGUCAUCCGCAAUGACAAUAAAGGUUUUAAA